CAGAACCACUCGCUCUCUCGCUCGCUCGCCGGCCAGUCGCUCAAUCUCCCCGUCGCCUCCCUCUCCCUCUCGUCGGUGUCUUCCUCACUGCCGCCUUGCUCCUCACCACCCCGAUUCGUACCCCUAACCCUAGCAACCCGCCUGCUAGCUCUUGGUCAAAGGUGACAUUUUUACUGCCGCGCUGCUCGAUCUGUGGGUGGAGGUGCUCGAUCUGAGGUCGGUGGUGCUCGAUCUGUGGGCGGUGGUGCUCGAUCCGUGCUGGAGCAACGGGAGAAGGACGGCGGUGCAGCGGGCUUCUAUUCUUCCGAGAAGCAGCCGCGGCCUGUUGUCCCGCGCGCCCUCGUCCGUGGCCGCUACCUGAGCUGCCCGCGAGGUGUCGCCGACGACCUUGAGGAGGAAGGAGGAGUGCUUGGGCCGGCGCUCCGUCUCCUCCACCCGGCGCCACAUGGCCGCCACGCGCUCCUCGGUGGCCCUCUAAUCCCACCUCCAUGGCUAACAUCGUGCUGCUGCCGUCUUCAUCUUCGUGGUCGUCCUUGGCGCGCUUGCCUUCGGCGACGCUGCUUCGACGGACGAUGUGGUGCAGGAGGUGCGUCUGGUCGCGGAGGAAGGAGGCGUGCAUCUGAUUGAAGCAUAGGGAGGGCACCGCCUGCGCUGGAGCACCGGAGAAGCGUCACCAUCGUCGUCCUCUCCGUGUCCUGUCCUGUGUUAGCUGCAAGACCAAGUAACUCAAGUUCAAGGUGCGGAUGCAGGGAGAGGAGGAGUUGCCCAGCCAGCCAUGGAGUAACUCAAGGUCAUGGUGCGCCCUCCCGCUCUCUGUUUGGAGAAGGAGAAACAAUUUCUGCCUUCAUCAAUUGUCGAGCAACAAGGACAGUGAUCAAGCAAGCAGUGAGUUGAUGAAUCAUCUGGUGGGGGAGUGCGCAGGGCUUCAGUCAAUUGAAACUUUAGGCAUGUUUGCAAUUGGACAAAUGGUGUAUAACAAUGAUCAUCAUCUCUAAAUUGGACAAUUGGACAACAUCAGCAGGAGGACAGCAACAACAACAUUUUCUCAUGCAUUACAGACUAUUGUACCUAAAAGCAUCGACGAAUCUCCCAAUUCUGCUGUAAGGCGAAAACUGAUAAGAAUUGGGAGCAGCGAGGAGUACCUGGCGAGGACCAGGCGGGGGAGCAGCGAGGACCGGGCUGGGCAGCGCGGUUGAGAGGACCAGGUUGGUGCAGCGAGGACCAAAUUGGGAGCGGCGGCGAUCAAAUUGGGAGCGGUGGCGACCAAAUUGGGCAAGGACGACGGGGAAGAGACUGGCGAAGGAGGAGGAGGAGGUGGCCGGACUAUACAGCCGUGUAGUAGCUCUGUGCGAUCGUGUAGUAGCUGACUAUACAGCCGUGCUGCCCUGGCCUGCGACUUUCAUUGUACAAGCUUCUCCGGCCAAUUAGUACUAGUUAGCUCGAUCUGUUUUUUCAAGGCAAUUCGCCAUGGCAUACCGGAUCCCCAAGCUAGAGGAGCUCUGCGAGGUGCACAAGCUGCCGAGGAGCAUCAGGAAACGCAUCGCGUGUUUCUACCCAGAGCUAGAGAGUGUGCACGCUGCCCUCAGCAAGGUGGCAGAGGUGCCGCGGGACCAGCUUGAUGAGGAUGUGAAGCUCUGGGCAGAGGAGGCCAGGACGGUGUCCUACAACAUGGAGGUAGCCGUCGACAAGCUCCUGAUGCUCCCCCCCAACUCAGGCGGCUUAAAGGGGCUCAUGGAGAGCAUGGUCAGCUUCCUCACGAAAGGCAAGACUUGCCAUCAGAUCAUGGCCAGCAUCAUCAUGGACAUCCACGCUCAACUCGUAAAUCUGGCAUCAAGGAGGCUCGAGUCACAAAACACUCUCGGGAUUUUUGAUAUUGUUGCUAAUCCUGAAGCAAUGGCGAGUGUCGAUCCUCAUCUUGUGGCUCUGUACGAGCAUGGAGCCAAUGAUGUGGCAACGGGCGCCAUUGCCUCCAUGCUCCCCAAGCUAGUCCAGCUCCUCAACAAGGAGUACAAGCUGCAGGCAAUCAUCAACAACGAUGUCAAGUAUAUCUCCCGGGAGAUGGAGAAGAUGCAGGCUGCCCUCCUCAAAGUGGCCGAGAACCCACAGGAGUUCAUCAGCGUGGAUUGCUUGCGCUGGGCAGGGGAGGUCAGGAGGCUGUCUUACGGCAUGGAGGCUGUCGUUGACAAGCUGCUGGUGCUUGCCCCCAUCUCGGGCGGCUUUAAGGGGCUCAUGGAGAAUAUGGUCAGCUUCCUCCAGAAAGGCAAGACUCGCCAUCAGAUCAUCACUAGCGGAAUCAAGGGCAUAAAGGCUCAAGUCUCGGAAGCAGCCGACCGGUAUAAGCGUUAUUGUUAUGAUUUUGACAGUUUAACAGUUACAAGUAUCAAUUCUCGUGGGCUAGCUAUGAACAAAGAUAUGGCAGAUCUUGUCGGUCUUGAUGGGGGAAAUUAUCAAGAGCUCAUGAAAUUACUGUCAGAUGGGGAUGAUGUGCCUAAUACAAAGCUGAAGAUAGUCUCUGUUGUUGGAUUUGGAGGAUUGGGUAAAACCACUCUUGUCAAAACUGUGUAUGACAAGAUCCAAAGGGAUUUUGACUGCACGGUUUUUGUUUCAGCUGGUCAGAGUCCUGACUUGAAGAGAAUUUUGAUGGAUAUAACGAUUGGUCUCAUUUUUGAAAGUGAUGACGAGGUCCUCGACGCAUCAAAUGUGCCACAGCUCAUCGAUACACUUAGAAAAUUCCUUGACGACAAGAGGUACCUCAUCGUGAUAGAUGACAUAUGGAAUAAAAAUCUGUGGGAAAAUAUCAAGUAUGUUUUUCCUAACAAGAACAAGCCUGGUAGCCGAAUAAUCACUACGACCCGCAAUGUCAAUGUAUCUCAAGCAUGUUGCUCGUCCAUAAAUGAUUCAGUUUAUCAAAUGGAACCUCUGUCUGAUGAUGACUCUAAAAUGCUCUUGUAUAAAAUAUUUGAUUCUAUGAGUGAAUGUCCUCAUGAAUUCGAACAAGUAUCUAUUGAUAUCUUGAAGAAAUGUGGCGGGGUACCUAUAGCCAUCAUCACUAUGGCUUCUGUUUUGGCUGGUGUCCCGCAGCCGAAAACAAAGGAUGAAUGGCAUGCCUUGCUCAAGUCUAGUGGUCGUCGACAUGAAGAAAAUGUAGCAUGGAGGACACUAUCCUAUAGCUACUAUGAUCUUCCUGCGCAUUUGAGGACUUGCUUGUUGUAUUUGAGCAUAUUCCCUGAGAGUCAUGUGUUUCAAAGAUAUCGUUUGGUGAAAAAAUGGAUAGCGGAAGGAAUUAUUACCCAGAAGACUAAUUUGUUUCGGUCAUCAAAUAAAAAAGAGGCUAAGCUGAGCCAGGAGCUUAGUCUAGAGGAAACAGCAAGCCAGUACUUGGACGAGCUCGUCAAUAGGAGUAUUAUUCAACCCCUGGAAUGCAACAACAAUGGUGAGGUGAUAAGCUACCAUAUCCACCCUAUGAUGUUCGGUGUUCUUAAAGUCAUAGCUAUAGAAGAGAAGUUUGCUGCUUCACUUGAUGACAAAGAUAUUUCAAGGGCAGAUCCUAUGAACUUCCCUCGCCUCUCUAUUGACUGUCCAGAUUCAGAAAAUCUAAUUGGUCUGUCAAGUAUGGCCUUUAAUGCUGACGUUCAUUCCUUAACUGCUUUUGGUCAUGCAAACCAAUUUCUGCUUAGGCACUUUAAAGGUACACGAAUUUUGGAUUUAGAAGACUGCAAGAGCAUUGAGAGAUCUGAUGUUGAGUACAUAUGCAGUAUGGUUCUGCUGAAGCAAUUGUGCCUUGGAAAGACGCAAAUCACAGAACUCCCACCAGAAAUAGGUAAUCUACAGUAUUUGGAAGGACUAGAUGUAGGAGGGACUCAAAUCACCCAGCUCCCAACACAAAUAGGAAAGUUGAAGCGUCUAAGGACUCUAGAUGCAAGGAAGUCACAAGUCAAGGAUUUACCCCAUCAAGUUGUCUUGCUCACAGGGCUGGUCCAUCUGCUUAUUGGUGACAGUGAAUCCUGUGAAGGAGUGAAGUUACCUGAUGGAAUUGGGAAUAUGACAUCACUGCAGCAGCUGUGCACCAUUGAUUUGAGGAAAUGUUCGACAUCCUCUCUGAAGGACCUUGGUACGCUCCCUGAUCUAAUAGAGCUUGGGGUAGUGUCAAGUGAUGAGCCAAAAGACAUGAAACUGAAUGAUGCACUGUUGUCUUGCCUCGACAAGUCCACCAAGCUGAGAUCCCUAGUGGUUUAUGGUGAUUUCAAAUUGGGCACACUGCAGUCAUACUCACCAUACAAAUAUCUCAACUGUCGGAAGAAACUUACUGUGGGAAAAUCUUUGAAGGUUCCGAUUGGUUUUGCAGGGCAAAGCCUCCUUGUUAUGCUUGAUAUCAGGGUCUGCAAGCUGGAGGAGGAUGAUCUGAAGAUACUCCAGGAGCUGCCUAGAUUGCAGAGCCUCAUUGUGCGGCUUGAAGUCCUCCCAACAAAAAUGAUACGAAUUAGCUGUGAGGGGUUUGCAAAACUUGAGAGUUUCUGUGUUGAUUGCCAAAUGCCUAGGGUGAUCUUUGAGGAAGGAGCCAUGCCAAAGCUGGAACAUCUUGAGCUCAAGAUUUACGGUGGAUUAACCAGCAAAGAACAUAUGGGUAUCAUGCACCUCCUAAACCUUCAAAUGGUUACUCUCCGGUACUCCAAAUGGCAUGCAACCAAUAAGGGCGUCAGGGAGACAACCGAUGCCAUUAAAACUUUGGCUAGGGAGCAAAAGAAUAAGUUCACUCUCUUCAUUGCUGAAGAGGACAAAGAUGCUAGUUCCAGUAGGAGAACUGAGAUUGAAGAAGAAGAGGGGUUCAAGAUUUAUGAUGCUGUUGCUAAUCCUGCAGCCAUGGCGAGUACGGAUCCAGCUGGGAAUGAUCUUGUUGGCAUUGAUGGGGAACAAGAUCAAGAGCUCAUGAAGUUACUAUCAAAUGGGGACAACGUGCCCUAUAAAAAGCUGAAGGUAGUCUCUGUUGUUGGAUUCGCAGGAUCGGGUAAAACCACUCUUGUCAAAACAGUGUAUGACAAGAUAAAAGGGGAUUUCGAGUGCACGGCUUUUGUUGUAGCCGGUCAGAAUCCAGAAUUGAGGACAGUUUUCAGGGACGUCAUCUCACAGCUCACCAUGAACAGCCGUAAUUGCAGUAGACAGGAUGAAAGACAGCUCAUCAAUUUACUUCGGGAAAUCCUACAGAACAAGAGGUAUCUUAUCGUGAUAGAUGACAUAUGGAAUGAAGGAACGUGGGAAAUUAUCAGUUAUGCUUUCUCUAACAAGAACAAUCUUGGCAGCCGAAUAAUCACUACAACCCGCAUAGUCAGUGUAUCUAAAGCAUGUCGCCUGCAUGCUAAUGGUUCAGUUUAUCAAAUGGAAUCUUUGUCUGGUGAUAACUCCAAGAAACUCCUCUAUGCAAGAAUAUUUGGUUCUGUAAGUAGAGGUCCUCACGAAUUUGAACAAGUAUCUAUUGAUAUGUUGAAGAAAUGUGGCGGGGUACCUCUAGCCAUCAUCACUAUGGCUUCUGUUUUGGCUGGUGACCCGCAAACGAAAACAAAGGAUGCAUGGCACGCCUUGCUCAAUUCUAUUGGUCGUGGACAUGAAGAAAAUAUAGGAUGGAAGGAUAUGCGGAGGACACUGUCCUAUAGCUACUAUGAUCUUCCUUUGUAUCUGAAGACUUGCUUACUGUACUUGAGCACAUUCCCUGUGAGUCACCCGAUUGAAAAGCAACGUUUGCUGAAAAAAAUGAUAGUGGAAGGGAUUGUUAAGCUGAGUCAGGAUAAGUUUAGGAGUGAGGAGUUUAGUCUAGAGGAAUUGGCAAGCCAGUACUUGGAUGAGCUUGUCAAUAGGAAUGUUAUUCAUCCGCUGGAAUGUAGCAGCAAUGGUGUGGUAAUAACCUACCAUAUCCACCCUAUGAUGCACGACACCCUUAAAGCCAUAGCCAUAGAACAAAAGUUUGCUGCUUCAUUUGAUGCCAAAGAUAUUUCAAGGGCACAUCGUAUGAACUUCCGCCACCUCUCUAUUGACUCUCUGGAUUCAGAAAAUCUGUUUGAACUUUCAAGUAUGGCCUUUGAUUGUGAUGUUCAGUCCUUAACUGUUUCUGGUCAUGCAAACCAACUUAUGCUCAGGCACUUUAAAGUUAGGCGAGUUUUAGAUUUAGAAAGCUGCAAGAGCAUUGUGAGAGCUGAUGUGAAGUACAUAUGCAGGAUGGUCCUGCUGAAACACUUGUGCCUUGCAAAGACAGAUAUCACAGAGCUCCCACCAGAAAUAGGUAACCUACGGCAUUUGGAAGGGCUUGAUGUAGGAGGUACUCAAAUCACCCAGCUCCCACCACAAAUUGGCAAGUUAAAGCAUCUCAGGACUCUAGAUGCAAGGAAGUCACAAGUCAAGGAUUUACCCCAUCAAGUUGUCUUGCUCACAGGGUUGGUCUGCCUUCUUAUUGGUGAUAAUGAAUCCAAUGAAGGAGUGAAGUUACCUGAUGGAAUUUGUAAGAUGACAUCACUCCAGCAGCUGUGCACCAUUGAUUUGAGGAAAUGUUCGACAUCCUCUCUGCAGGAGCUUGGUGAGCUCUCAAAUCUGAGAGAGAUUGCAGUAGUGUCAAGCGAUGAGCCGGAAGACACAAGAAUGAUCUCUAGUGUCAAGCUUGGUGAGCUUUUGUCCUUCCUCGACAAGUCCACCAAGCUGAGAUCUCUGGUGUUUUAUACUGAUUUCAGACCAAGCACCCUACAAUCGUCAUCGCCAUAUAAAUAUCUCAACCCCUUUGAGAGACUUACUGUGGUAAGGUCCUUGAAGGUUCCUAUUGGCUUCACAGGGCAAAACUUUUUUCAUGUGCUUGAUAUCAGGCUCUGCAAGCUGGAGGAGGAUGAUCUGAAGAUACUCCAGGAGCUGCCUAGAUUGCAUACCCUCAUUGUGCGGCUUGAAGUCCUUCCAACAGAAAUGAUACACAUCAGCUGUGAGGGGUUUCGAAAACUGAUGAGUUUACAUGUUGAUUGCGGAAUGCCUAGGAUGACAUUUGAGCAAGGAGCUAUGCCAAACCUGAAAUAUCUUGGUCUACAGCUUUACGGUGGAUCAACUAGUGAAGAACAUAUGGGUAUCAAGCACCUCCUAAACCUUCAAGAGGUUACUGUCCGGUACUCCAAAUGGUAUGCAACCAACAAGGGCGUCGAGGAGAUAACUGAAGCUGUGAAAGCUGAGUGUAAGGAGCACCAGAACAAGAUCACUCUCUGCAUUGCUGAAGAGGAGAAAAAUGGUAUCUGCAAUACGAAGACUGCAGAGGUUUUUCAAGAGAACAGAGUUGCUAGUUCCAGUAAGGUGACUGAGAUUGUAAAAGAAGAAGAAGAAGACACACAAGAGGGAGGCCUUGAUCAGAGCAGCCAUGAUAUUGCUAGCUGCAACAGGACCAGCGAGAUUGAAGAAGUUGCGGAGUAGCUCAAUGAAGCUUUAAUAUUUUGAGCCGUGCUUCCGUAGCCGUGCAGUGUCAUCUAAAUUGUAUAAUUGCUUCAACCAAUCGCAUGCCGUGUUUAUUUCUGUUGUUUCAAAACUUCAAUUUCCCAAACAUUUGGCAGACGAGAGACUUAAUUAGCAGUUAUUCUUUUCCAUUUGGACUCGAUAACUAUUCAUUUAUCAAAACGUGAUUGUAUUUGUCAAUA